AUGUCCAUAAACAAUUUUGUUUUAUUAGAACGUUAUUGUGGUUAUUCUGAAAAUAAUAUUCCCCAAUUAGAAGAUGUUAGUAAUUUUUUAAAAGCAAAAACUGGUUUUCGUGUACGUCCAGUAGCUGGUUAUUUAAGUGCUCGUGAUUUUUUGGCUGGAUUGGCUUUUCGUGUCUUUAAUUGUACCCAAUAUAUUCGUCAUCAUGCUGAUCCUUAUUAUACACCCGAACCAGACACAGUUCAUGAAUUAAUGGGGCAUAUGGCUCUUUUUGCUGAUCCUGAUUUUGCACAAUUUUCACAAGAAAUUGGAUUGCUUUAUUUUUUCUCAAUUGAAUUUGGACUUUGUUCUGAUCGUUCACAUUCAUCUAAAGAUAAAAUAAAUUGUAAUAAUUCAAAUGAAGAAAAUAAAAUUAAAUAUAAAGUUUAUGGGGCAGGAUUACUUUCAAGUGCUGGGGAAUUACAGCAAGAAUGUCUUAUAAGUACAUUCCAAAGUGCUUAUUUCUUUACAAAUGAUUUUGAAGAAGCCCAACAAAAAUUACGAACAUUUACAUCAAAUAUGAAUAGACCUUUUGUAGUUCGUUAUAAUCCAUAUACAGAAAGUGUUGAAGUUUUAAACAAUAAACGAUCCUUGAUGCUAGCUGUUAAUUCUGUAGGUUUUCUUUCUGAAUAG